AUGAAACGAAACGAUACUUUUAACGUCUUGGUGAUCGGUUUUGAUGGUUUAUCGCGAUUAAAUUUUUACAGGCAAUUCCCCAAAACAAAAAAAGUGUUGGAAUCAUUAAAAAGCCGCGAAUUAUUUGGUUAUCACGCAAAGUCUCGAAAAACUAUCUUAAAUUUGCUCCCUUUUUUAACGGGGUGUUCAGAUGAGGAGUUAAAAAAGAACGGAACUGAUUAUAAUUGCGUGUUUUUAUGGGAUUAUUUUAAAAAACAUAAAUAUGUAACUGCGUAUGGUGAUGAUGCGGGGAUUAUGGAGAAUAAAGACGAUUAUAAUCUCGAUUAUUUUAUGUAUUUACCCGAAAUUGUAAAGGAUAAUGACCAAAAUGGAGAUGUUACAGAUUGGGUUAUUUUGAAACCAAAAAUUUUUGAUGAACUCUUAGCAAGUUUUUUUAAUGACCCUUCUAUAAAAAACGUGCUUAAUAAUACAGUUAUAGUUGUAUUUAGCGAUCAUGGGGCAAGAUUAGGACCACAUCGUCUUACUCAUCAAGGAUCAUUGGAAGAAAAAUUGCCGUUUAUUUCUUUUUAUUUCCCCGAUAAUUACAAAAAUAUCUACGAGUAUAGCUACACAAACUACCUAAUUAAUAGAUAUAGAUUGACUACUCCUUUAGAAAUCCAUAAAGCUUUAUUAUUUUUAGCUCAAUUAAAUAGCGAUACAAAAUUUAAUGAUUUAAGAGAAAAUUAUGGGAGAAGUGUAUUUAGAAAGAUUCCAGAAACACGUUCUUGCGAGGAUGUCCAAAUUCCAUUAGAAUAUUGUGCUUGUCAUAGUUCUAGGGAAAUCCCAAAACAGCUUCCAAUUAUUUAUGAUAUUGCGUUAUUUUUGGUGGAAUAUAUCAACAAGAUGUUACCGUUUAAUUGCAAACAAUUACAAUUGGAUAAGGUGUUGUCAGCGAGAAGUAUUAAUUUGAGGCGUUUCCAAAAACGAAUUGGAUCGGGUAUUUUUUUUAUCGUCAUGAUUCAAACUCUUCCUGGUAAUGCACAAUUUGAGGCAUUUGUAAACCUCGCGUCUCAAGAUAACAAAAUCGUUUAUACGGUCAUUGGGGAUAUUAAAAGAAUUAAUUUAUAUCAAACUCAAAGUAGAU